AUGUCGGUUUCAACAAUUGCACUUAAGCUCUCGAGAUUUCCGUGGAGAAGAGCACCUGUUUACACUCUACGUAUAUGUAAUCUUCGUUUGCCUUUAUUGAAUUUUCGGUGGACACGUGGUUACUCAAGCAAUAAAGAAGUUUGUUAUGCAAAUUCUCAUGAUUUUAGCUUAAUCGAUCUAACCGAGCUUGCCAACAACCCAAAAGCUCAGAAUAACGUAAUUAACCAAAUUGUUCAGCUUCUGGAAAAGAAGGAGAAAGAACAGAGAGAUUUGUUGAGAGAUUUGUUGGAAAAGAAGGAGAAAGAACAGAAAGAGUUGUUGAGAGAUUUGUUGGAAAAGAAGGUUGUUUUGAUGGAAAAGAAGGAGAAAGAACAGAAAGAUUUGUUGGAAAAGAAGGAGAAAGAGCAGAGAGAUUUGUUGGAAAAGAAGAAUAAUGAGCGUGAAGAUUUGUUGGAAAAGAAGGAGAAAGAACAAAGAGAUUUAUUGGAAAAGAAGAAUAAUGAGC